UAGUAUCGAAUCGGCAAUUUUUGUUCCAGCUCUAGUUUUUUUGGCGUGUAGCAGAAAGCAAAAGGAAGCCGCUUGUGGAAAAUUUCAAUAGCCAUCGGCGAGCAUCAAACCCCGAGAAAAGCAGCACGCCCGGCAUUCAACGCUCCGCGAAAACUUCUUUGACCACUCAGCAGUAGCGACGAGAAUCGAAAAAAAACAACAUGUCUGACGAAAAGAAAGGCGGCGAAACUGAACACAUCAACUUGAAGGUGCUCGGUCAGGAUAAUGCCGUUGUCCAGUUUAAGAUUAAAAAGCACACACCCUUGCGAAAGCUGAUGAACGCCUAUUGCGACCGGGCCGGACUCUCCAUGCAGGUGGUGCGCUUCCGCUUCGACGGACAGCCCAUCAACGAGAACGACACCCCGACUUCGCUGGAGAUGGAGGAGGGAGACACCAUCGAGGUUUACCAGCAGCAGACAGGCGGCGCUCUUUAAAAUUACUUAGUUAAGCUAGUUACUCAUCCCUUUAUAACUAACAAACAACAAAUACAAAAAAAUCAACAACAUUAUGAAGAAACAAACAAAACAGGCAGUAAGCAUCAAUUAAAACAAGAGUGCGUUUAGUACAACUGUAGAUUUUGUCUGUACGCAAGACCACAAGAAAAAGAUAAACUAUUGCAGACAAGAAAAUGGGAAAUAAAGCAUUUUAUAAACUAUA